CUCGCCUUCGUCGACACCUCGUCGUCGCCUUAACAGCUCGCCCUCGUCGUGAGACACACACAUACACACAAACACACACACACACACACAAAUGGCUCACGCCUACACAGUCCCAGCUGCUGGCGACAUCAGCAAAGCCGGCGACGGGAAGUCGCUGCUCGAGCACAUCGUGGCGGAUGUCAAAGCGCUCCUCGCCGCCAAAAACUGUGGUCCGAUUCUCAUCCGGCUAUCGUGGCACGAUGCAGGCGUGUUUUCAAACGGCAGCCUCAAGGGUGGCUGUCCGAACGCAGUGAUGCGCUUCACCGACUCCGGCGAAGGCACCUUCGAAGCAAACGCAGGGCUGACCGACGUGGCGAUCGGCCUGCUCAAGCCGAUCGCCGACAAGUACGUGACUGCGGGCGUGAUCUCAAACGCCGACUUGUGGGCGCUGGCCGCGAACGUGGCGAUCGAGUUUAUGGGAGGCCCCCACGUCGUCACCCGUUUUGGCCGCCCCGACGCCAAGGACUCUGGUGAGUCGGUCGAGUCGCAAGUUGGGAGGCUGCCUGAUGGCGACAAGGGCGUGUCGCACCUUCGGGAGGUGUUUGCGCCGAAGGGGUUCGACGACCGUGACAUUGUCGCGCUUUCCGGCGGGCACACGGUAGGCGGCUGCAAGCAGCAGCGCUCCGGCUUCGACGGCCUCUGGACUGAGGCUCCGCUCGUGUUUGACAACUCGUACUUCACCGACCUGCUCGAGAAGACCUACCGGCCCGAGACGGUGGAGGCGACCGGCUGCCCGCAGCACCGGUCGGACAAGGGCACCAUCAUGCUCAUCUCCGACCUGGCGCUGCUCGAGGACGCGGCCUUCAAGUCGGUCGUCGAAGAGUACGCCGCGGACCAGAGCCGGUUCUUCGCCGACUUUGUGUCCGCUUGGACCAGGCUCCAAGAGAACGGCGUGGGCGACCUGCUCCGCGACGAGCUGGCACCGCCGAAGUAGCGGAUGGAGUGCCCGGCCUGAGAACGGAGGGCCCGCGCCGCCUCUAGACGCCUGGGUCUGCCCUUGCCGAGCGAGAAGCCACUGUACCUCUUUGUCUCUCUAGCUCACGCGGGUUGCGCCACACGGAAGGUCAGAUAGGUACACCUGUUCGCCUCCGCGUCGUCUCUCUGCGCGCCGGCGGUGGCUCGCACGCGUGCUCCGCGAACUCGCUCGAUGUAUCGGCCGUGUGUCGCGUCGACCUCUGAGCUCUCGUGCACGUGCUGUAGCUGAGCCGGCGUGCAAUGCGUGCUGUUUCGGUCUAUCAUGUUGUUGUCUGUUUUGUUUAUUCACACGUCUUGGCUAUUUCCAAUUCACUCUGA